AUCAUGGAUUAUAAUGCAAUAUAGUAUCAUAAAUAUAAUUAUUAUCUAUAGGUACGUAUUUACGUACGAUUCUAUGGCGUUCACAUGGAGUUUACUCUAUUAAUAUUUUUCCGUGGGUUAUAUUAGCGGGCUGUGCUUACAUUUUUGGGCUUUUUCUUUGUUCAUUUUUCCCACCUACUAUCAUCAUAGAUAGUAAAUAAUUGACCAUAGACCAGAUCCAUGAUUAAACCUAAAAACAUAUUAUCAGUGCUGUAGGUGGGUUUCUAGGUUUGGAAGUCAUAGAAUCUGGACCGUUCAAGUGUACGUGCAUGGAUCUUUUUGUCCUCUGGACGGUUAGUGAUGGUUAGUGCGGUAUUCUUUUAGUUCAUCAAAAUGUGUACGUGUGUUUAUCACACGGGAUACCAUGUUAUCAUGAAGUUGGAUCUAGUUCAACUAUUUCCGUUCGAACGGUCUACACUGGGUGAUAGUAGCAAUCAAAGAUAUAAAAAUUGAAAAUAUAAUAAUAUUCAUUAAUAUUUAAUUCAUUAAUCUUUCUUUUCGAAAGCCAAUCAAAUUCAAAGUUAAUUUUCACUAUGAACCCGGGCUAAGCUACAUUAAGUUAAUAUAUCUAUUUAUGUUUAAUUUGUUUAAUAACUUUAUACAAUAUAUACAUUUGUUUAUAUUUUUACAUAAUAUUUUGUUUUUUUUUUAUCAUUUUCUAUCUAAUACGCAAUCCGGGUAUAAAACAUUAUUAACGGAGCUUACUGGAGUCUUCAUCAUGAGUGUAUACAAUACGUGUAAAAUAAAAACGUGCACGUACACGUGAAGGGUUCAAUAAAAACCCACCUUAUGCUACUGUUCAUAGAAAUAUUCUGUAUUCUUGUGUUCACACCACGAAUAUACGUAUAUAAGUAUACUUUAAUUCGUGGUUCACACAAAGGCAGGAAUCCAGAUCUCCUACAAAAUUAUAAAAAUUUGACUGGUGAAAAUUCAAAAUUUCAAUGACACCAACUAUGAUUUGAAAAAAAAAACAUCAAGAAAUUUAGUGUUCGAUAACUUGCAUCUUUUUUUGGUAACAUGUACAAAUUGUGGCCUACGUGUAUAGGUGUUAGGAGAAAUAUUAAUCCAUUAUUAAAAUGUUAUUUUAAGUAUAUUUUACUAGGCAUUAUUGUGUACAUUUUAUCUGAAAUUCUGUAGACAUUCUAUUAUGUCUAGGAAAUUCAUAAAUCAUCUAGUAUAUUAUUAUGUUAUCACGAAAUGACAGAAUAAUACUAUUUACAUUUUCGAAUAUUUUUUAACAAGUUUCUACCGUUUCUGAACAAUUAUUCUUAUUAUAUUUUUCUGUAUUAAUUAUUAUAAAUUAUAAAUUAUACAUGCACAAUGUACCAUUUACUGGACCACAAUUAUAUUUUAUCAUGUAUGAAUUAUGAAUAGUUAAUAUGACAAUUGUUAAACCUUUUUAAUGAAACACUUUUUAGUUCUCCAAGAAAAUAUCCACCUGAAUGAAUUAGAUAUAGAUGAUGAUACCACUGAUGUCUAUAGAUCUGAAGAAGAAAUGGAUGGUAAUAUAAUUUAUUGUAUACCUAAUUAAUUUGAUAUAUUUAUUGAUUAUAUUGUUUUUAUUUAGAAAAUGAUUUUCCAGUUUCCAAUGAAUUUCAUUGGAAAACAUCAGCAAACUGCAGUUUCGUACACUAAGUUGUCUGGCAUUCAGCUAAAUUUUAUAGUCUAUAUGGACAAUUUAGGCUAUAUUUACUAUAAAAAUAUUAGUCGUGAUAAUAAAAUGUGAGUACCUAUCAUGACUAUUGUGAUUGUUCAAAUUGAAAUUAUUUUUUUAAAAUUAAGUCACACAAUUUAUAAUCUGGUUCUAAAUACAAUUUUACCUUUAUAGUUAUUUAGUAUGUCAAAACCAAAAAAGUAGGAAUGUGUUCUGUCCAUCAACAGCCAAAAUUAGUGGAGAUUUCAAUAAAAAUUGGAUCAAAACUAAUGGGGUUCAUAACUAUUUACUUCCAGUGGUUGAUAUACCAAUUACACAUUUAAGGAGAAAUAUUGGGAUUGCAGGAACAAACUCUAGAAAAUCAUCCAUAAGACAAGUUUACAAUAAUAAAAUAGUAUUGUAAGUAAAAUGGCUUAAGGAUAUUAUAUUGAUAUUACAACUACAUAAUCAUAAUUUGAAUUUUGUAAUUCAAAUUAAUUUUUUGUUUGUACCCAGUAUGAUUGGUAGGUCAUUGAUUAGUGUAUGAGGACAUUAUAUCCACAUUUACUGUCUUAGUCGAACUACCAGGUAACAUAUUAUUAUCAUUUAUUAUACAGUAUAUUUUCUCUUCACCUUUCAAUAAUUUAUAGUCUUUUCCUAGUAUGAACCUUUUUAGAAGUGAACAAAAUGGCAAUUUUUUACAGAGAAUCCUAGUUGGUAAAAUACCUAGCUUCCUCUAAUUUUGAUUUGUAUAACUUUGCAGGGAAUUCUUAUUUAGGCAAAUUCUUACUAUGUUAUUCUGGUUUACUUGCAAUUUAUUGAGAACAGUAUCGCCUAAUUCCCCCCCUCCCAUACUUAUAUUCCAUAUUGGAGUAUUGUUUAAUAUAGAGCAAAAUAAAUAAAUAACCCACAUUGUUUGUAUAGGCACUAAACCUUUUAACUUAUAGAAUUUAUAAGUUAUUGAAUGUAGCUUCCAAACUAGAUUUUGAAUAUGAAGAUCCCAUUGUAAAUUUUUAUCAAAUAUCAUACCUAAAUAUCGGGUACUAGUUAUUUAUUUGAUAGCUAUACAUUUAUUUACAUUAUUACAACUGUUACCAUUGAUACAUCAAUGAAUUUGUAUUCGGUUAAGAUUUGGAAAACUCUUAUAAAUUGAGGACGUAAUAAACAUGGUUUUUUUCUUUAUUGAGUGUUAAAUUUCUGUCAUAUAGACUUUGAUAAACUUUGUUUAACAUAACAGUUGCUUUUUCAUGAGCCCCCUCCCAAGACUUGUCAGCAAAAAGUAGGCAGGUGUUUGCAUAUGGAACAACUAAUCCAUCUAGAUGUAAAUCACUAACCAAGUUUAAAAAUAAUAAAAAUAAAAUUGGGUUCAAUAAACUUCCCGAGGGACUCCAUAUUCAACGAGAGCAUUUUGAUCUAUAAUGUUAAUUAUUCUAAACAUUCAUUUUCGAUCUUUUAGGUAACUUUCAAACCAUUUUAAGCUAAGUUUAUUAAUACUAAAAUUGGGUAAAAUCUGUAGUAAAAUGUUGUGAUUAAUAGUAUCAAAUGCCAUUUUUUAAGUCCACGAUUACAGUAAUCGCCUUGUUACUGCUUUCUAAUUCAUUAAAAAUAAAUUGGGUCGUUUUAAAUAGAGUAUCUUCAGUACCAAUACCUGGUCUAAAUCCAUAUUGAUUUUAUGAUUACGAUUUGUUUUUCCCUAGGAAAAAGAUUAAUCUAAUUUUAAUUAUUUUUUCGAAUAUUUUGGAAAAAUUAUUAAGCAAGAAUAUUGGCCUAUAAUUAUUUAAAUAUUUGCGGUCUCCACCUUAAAAAAUAGGUUUAAUCAUUGCUAUUUUAAGAUUAUCUGGAAAAAUAUUUUGCUGUAUACACAAGUUAUAUAUAUAAACUAGUGGGUUGACUAUAAGUUCAGUAAUACAUUUUAAUAAUUUAAUAGUUAUCUUAUCUAUACUUGCAGCUGUAUCAUCUUUGCAAUUAUUAACUAUGUCGAUAACAUCCAGUCUUUUAGUUGAAUAUUUUUUGAAGUUAUUUUUUUAGAAGUAUUGAUGUUAGUAGAAAUUAGUUAAUGAAACUCUGAAUAACUUUUUUUCACAUGUUUCUAUUGUAGACUUCCGUCCAUUUUUCUUUGUAUAGACAUUUUUUAAUUUUUGUCAUGAGAUUUUAUCUAUGAGAAAAACUAAUUUUUUUUAUUUGUCAAAAAGUUGUAUAUAUGUAUGGAAACGCAAGUUGUGAAGUGAUCGGUUUUGUCUGUCUGUAUUAUACCAUCAUUUAUCUGAGUAAUUAAAAAUUUGUCAUUAUGGACAAAUAUAUGAUCAAGACAUGAGUGUUUUUGACCGUUGAGUAAUCUAGUAUAUAGGUUCAUGAAAAAUGCAAAUCUGUUUUCCUAUAAUAAAUUGAGAUAAUCAUUAUUCAAUGCGUUGUCCCCAACUAUAUUAAUGUUCAUAUCCCUGAUAAGAACAGUGUAAUAAAAUUUUUUUUUAUUUUCUAUUAUAAUUUUACUUACCAUAUUAUUAAAAAAAUUAAUAUUAGUCGAGGGUGUUCUAUAAAUACAUAAUAAAAUAAUUGUCAUACCUAAGUUAAUAAGAGUAAGUUUAACAAUAUUGGUUUCAACAAAAUCAUAUUAAAAAAAGUUAUAAUUGUAUCUAACAAAAAACGAAAAUAUCAUAAUUUUGGUUCCUUUUUAUUGUAGAGAAGAAUAAUUUAUAUCCUUAAAUAGUAAAAAUAUUUUUAUUUUAAGGACUGUAUCAAGUUUCAGUCCAUAUAAUUACAUCUAUUUUAUCACUAUUCGGAUCAUUUUCUAAAAAUAAUGUUAAUUCAUCAAAGUUGGAGUUGUCACUCCUAAUAUUACAACACAGAAUAUUUACAUACUUGUUUAUAUUGUUAUUAAUAUGCCAAAAUUCCGUAAAAGAUUCAAAGUAGUUUGUUUUGUAACUAAGAUUUAUGUUUAUAGAAUUCUCCAUUUAUUAUGAAAAAUUAAAAAUAUAAAAAAGUAGAAAUUACCCCAAUUUAGAUAAGGUACAUCAUUUACAAUAACGACUUUGCAAUUUUCAUUCUUUUGAAUAAAAAUUUUUCGAAUCUCUAAACCAAACUAAUCUGUACCCAGUGUCGCAAGCAAAAGCUCUAGAUUUGAAAAAUACAUUUUUAUUGAAUUAUGUAAGACUAUCGUUAAUAUAUAUUUUCUCAUCAUCCCAGUUUGAGUUUACUACUUAACCUACUUUGAUUUUUUGACAUAAUCCAUCACAGUUUUCUUGUUUUGAGUUGACAGCAACUAAGCCACUAUUUUUUUGGAUCUAUUUGUAAUUUUUGAUUGAACAUGUAAUGUUUUUGAUAUGGAAAUGUUUGUUCUUACUGCUACCGCAAUUGAUUCCACUGUUUUUACACAGUCUUCAUUGUCAACCUCCGUGACACCCAUAAUUUCAACAAAUUUUUCAAUCUCUUUUUGCUCAAGUGCGUUCAUUCAUUUGUCUAAUUCAGUUCUUAAUUUACAAUUUUUUUCUUUUAAAAAAGAAUUUUCAACUUUGAUAUUAUUUAUUGUUGUAACUAGCUCUUGUAAUUGUUGACUAAAACUAUCAAAUUUUUCACUCAUAAAAUGUACAGAUUUAAUUAGAUUAUUAAUAGUUUCAUUAUUUAUGUCCAUAUGAUCUGAGAUUAAUGCGCUUUUUGAAGCCAGUGGUUUAAGACAUGGCUCAUUCAAUUUACAUUUACCGCAACACCAGUUUUGUUUGGUUAUUUUGGAAAUUUUUCUAAAAGCAGACCCUUAACGCUGCACAUUCGAAGUACAGUAUGACAUUGCAUUUGGAACAAUUAAGGUUAUCUUCUUCAAAAAUUUUGCAACGUUGCUUACACAGAUUGGAAGACAUCCCAAUAUCUGGGACUAUUUACGUAAUUACACUUUUAAAUAUUUGUGUUUGUGAAUUUUAAAAAAAAUUCUACCCAUAUUUUUUGUAGGUGCAAGAUAAUGGAAGACGUUAAUUUUGUGAAUAAAACAAUAACCUUUUUUGACUUAACUUUCUUGAAUUACUUUUGUUAUGAUUGAGCUAUAACUAAACGAGUUGUUUGAUUUCUUUUAAAUUAAAAUUAGAAUUGGUGUUUUUAGUUUUAUAAUUUUUAAUUUGUAUAGCUAUUUAUGUACACAUAAUUUUAAAUAUUUGCAUUUGUGAUUUAAUACACUUUUUGUAUUGAUUUUGUGUAGGAUUUACAAUCUUAUUAUGCUAUAAUAUAUAAAUUAUUAUUUUAUGUUAAAAAAAAAAAUGCUACCCAGAUUAUUUGUAGCUGGUGGAAGAUGGUCAUUAUGUCUUUGAUUUUUAUUCUUGUAGUACAAAGUAUCUUUGUCGGCGCUAAUAUAGAUGUAACAUUAUAAAGUUUUAGUUGAUACCUAUUUUUUUAAUGGCUAUUAUUAAUUAUAAUUUUUGUAUAUUUGUAUAUUUUUUUAAGUAUUUGUAUUUUUAAGACAGAAUUAAUUUAUUGUAUUAUUUUUAAAAUUUAAUGUUUAACUUGACAUUGACAUCUAUAACAGAUUAUUUAAAUAGAUUUUAUAUCUAUUACAUGUGCUGAAAUCAUAUAUAACGUCAGUUUUUGCCUAUCAGCUCUAUUCUGUGAGAUAUGAUAAUAAUAUAAUUAUAUAUAUUAUCACGUAAAUUUGGCGAAGGGUAUUUAGGUUUUAAAUUUAAAAAAAAAACUUAAUACAUUGUAUAUAUUUUAAUAAAUUGAAACAAAUAUAAUAAUACACUUCUUAGAUUCUAAGUGCAGUGAGAAAUGUAUUGGUUUUACAAAAAGGUUAUGUUUUAUUUUAUUUUUUGAUCUGCUUAUUAUCAACUUUUCUACCAAAAAUUUUGCUCUAGUUGUAUACCUAGUAAGAUUUUGUAAAUUAGCUAAAUCUCAAAAAGUAGAGUUGAUAGAAAAAAAACUCCAUUAAAUAUUUAAAAUCAGCACAAUAAAUAUAAUCGUUGUCAACAAAAAAUUACAGGCACAAAAAAAAUGUUUCUUUAUUUUCCUCUGUAAUAUAUAUAUAUAUAUAUAUUACAUAUAUAUAUACAUAUAAUGAUAUAUAACAAAUACAGUACAGUACAAUAGUCUAUUCAAAAAGUACACAUUUUAGUAAAAUCAAUACUUAUAUACAUAAUAAAAAUAUUUACAUUUAAUAAUAUGUUUGUUUAAUGUCCUAUAUUUAUUGAUUUAUUAUUAUUAUUUAUAAAAUAAAAUUAACACAUAGAACCAUGUAUUAUGACUUAUAUUAUUGAC